AUGUCUUUCUCUCGUCAAAUUUUACAGCCUCGAGCUGGUAUAUACAGAGCUUUAACUCGCAAUUUCGGACACGCACAAUCUCAAGGAGCAGCUCUUAAGAAUUCGACUCUAUCAACUUAUUCUCGGAAGUUCACUGUAGCCCGCCGAUUGUCUAUCAUUCCUCCACCUCCGCCUUCACGACCUUCCCUUUUCUUACGAACUCUCACUUUCUUUGGAAUAGCCAUUGUCUUCACAUCUGUAGGCUUCUCCAUAGCUGCCUACCCAGCCUUUACAGCCGCCAAUGCCAUCCUCAAUCCGCCAUCAGAUGAAGAAUCCCUCAGAUUAUACACACCAACUGAUGCGAAAUCCCUCGAAGUCGAAGCCUAUAUCAAUAAUCAUCCGGUAGUGAAAGACCUACGAUCUCGACCUGAGUUUACUGAAUCAAGGCCACAUAUGAAGAUCCCCGAAUCACAACGAGGACAUAAUCUCACAGGUGGAACUUUAAUGGGACCGGGUCGUGUUGUGGUACCACCAUAUGUAUGGACUGAGGCAGGCGGUAAAUCUCUUGUAUCCAUCUCUUUCCUAGGAGAAGAUCUUUGCGGACACCCGAAGAUUGUACAUGGAGGAUUUCUGGCAACGAUGUUAGAUGAGGGAUUAGCGAGAUGUUGUUUUGGAGCAUUGCCGAAUAAGAUCGGUAUGACAGCUUCUUUGACGGUCAAUUAUAGAGCGCCUACGCCUGCAGAGAUAUUUGUGGUGUUGAGAGCGACCACCACGAAGGUGGAGGGUAGAAAGGCUUGGGUCGAGGGAAGAAUUGAGACUUUAGUACCUGAGGGAAAGACACCAAAGGUUCUUUGCGAGGCGAAUGCGUUGUUCAUUGAGCCUAGACAAGCCAAGGCAAUGGCUAGAAUAUACCCAGUUUCAUAA